GGUGUCGUUUCCCCGCUAACGGGUUCAAGCUGUAGGAAGCUGGUAGGCAGCUAACAGCUGGACAAACCUCCAGCUGUUAGCUGGAGGACUGUCCCUGAACAGUCUGUCCCCGCCUGUUCAGGGACAGACCGGGAUAUACUUUCCGUUUGUCCCUGAAGGCAGCCGAAUAGAGUUGUGAAUGAACCAAGCACCUCAAUGCGUCUCCCGUGGCCGCGAUGGCAGCAACAAAAACGGAGGAUGCUGAAGCUGUUCGGUGCGCUGGUUGUCCUCGGACUGGCUCUGGCGUUCAUCACCUCUUGGGUGCUGGAUAGCUAUGACACGGCUUGGCACCCUAAACGCAGCAUUCGGCACCCGAGUGCCAGUGAUGGAGAUGGACCUAAAGGAAGCUCUCCACCAUUUCCCGGCGACGAGUUGAACAACAUUUUCUGGUUUGUACAGGUGUCGGACAUUCACAUCAGUCGGUUUCGCGACCCAAAACGCAUUGCAGAUUUUGAGAAGUUCUGCACCCACACCAUCGAUGUGAUCAAACCAACCGUAGUGCUCGCAACAGGGGACCUGACAGAUGCCAAAACAGAGAGCAAGGUGGGUUCCCUCCAGCACGAGGUGGAAUGGCAGGCCUAUCAUAACGUCCUGAAGAAGUCACGAGUGAUGGAGCGCACCAAGUGGAUCGAUAUUCGAGGAAAUCAUGAUGCCUUCAACAUUAUGUCUUUGGAUAGCGUCAACAAUUAUUACAGAAAAUACUCAGCCAAUCAGAAAGUAGGCUCUUUUCAUUAUGUUCACACGACCCCGUUUGGUAACUACUCCUUYGUCUGUGUGGACGCCACCCUGACUCCUGGACCCAAACGGCCCUACAAUUUCUUCGGGAUCCUCAAUCAGACUCAGAUGGACUUGCUGAACAAGUUUGGAGCAGAGAGUUUGAAGAGCAAUCAGUCCAUCUGGUUUGGCCACUACACCACCUCCACCAUCGUCUCGCCGUCUCCCGGGGUCAGAGACAUGAUGAGGUCUGCUGUGGCGUAUCUGUGUGGCCACCUGCACACACUCGGCGGCCUGAUGCCAGUCCUCCACAGCCGCCAUCCGCACGGCACUCUGGAGCUGGAGCUGGGAGACUGGAUGGACAACCGCAGGUUCAGGGUCCUGGCCUUCGACCACGACCUGCUGAGUUUUUCUGACCUCCAGUUUGAGCAGUGGCCUGCAGUGCUCAUCACAAACCCUAAGGACGCGCAGUACCUCCACCCAGGGGUGGAGCCACUGGGCCGGAUACGGAGAUCAACACACAUUAGGAUCCUGGCCUUCUCCGAGGCUCUGAUCACUGCGGUCCACGUCAGCAUAGACGGGGAGCCGCUGGGCACUGGCCGCUCCGCCGGAGGGCCCCUGUAUGUCCUGCUGUGGGAUCCGACUCGCUACCUCACUGGCCUGCACACAAUUACAGUUAAAGUGGAGGACUCGGCGGGCCGGUCGGUGUUGAAGUUCCCUUUUNACUACUACUCUCUGCUGAUGUUGAACCUGUGCACAGCUUUAGGUCCGUGGUUCAUUGGAGAGAUGAUAGACGGACACAGUGGCGCCUGCUUCGCCUUCGGCGUUUUCAUCGACGGCCAUUUCCUGGAAGGAAGUCUCACUUAUGUUGUUGGAGUCGUUCAACUGCUAUUUUUCAACAUUCCCCUCACCUCUUACCUCUGCUGGAGCCUUCAUCACCGUUGYCACGGCAACACCAWGUGGUCCCACCUGGCGCGGCCGGGCCGUCGCGGCCGGACCGUGGCGGUGCACGUCUUCAUGCUGCUGCUGCUCGCCUGGCAGGCCCAUUCCUGCUACUUCCUCCUGCAGACCUACGGCRUCACGGCYUUCUUCCUGUCUCCCGUCCGCACGUGGGCCCUGGCGCUCGGCGUGGCCCUGGUCUACUGGGCCUGGACGGGCCCCGCCCCUCUGUUUCGCGACAGCGGCAAGAGCAACUCUUCCUCUUGACAGUAAAUUGCACUGUUGCACCCUGAGCCUGACUCACAGAUACAUUUUGCUGUCUCUCCUCACCCUGAAAGUCUGACUUCCCUCCUUCCUCCUUCGUCCUCGUCCUCCCAACCCUCUGGCGACGGCUGUCUUUUCCCCUCUCUUUCUCUACAGAACAACACCGAACUCUCCUGUUUCUAGAUAGUAUAGUUUACUUAAUAUGCAUGUUCUUGUAAAGCACCAACAAGCACAUUUGUGGCCAUAUUCAUAGGAAUCUAUACAGCGUUUUAAGGGUAAAUGGAUCUAGGAUGCAUAAAGGGCACAAAACGCACUACCUUGCAAAAGUAUUUAUUCGUAUUUUGUCACUUUAAAACCAUGAUGUUUAAUAUAUUUAAUUGGGAUUUUAUCGAAUUUGUACUGAAUCUUGCAAAGAUGAUAUUAUGUCUUCUUAGGUAUGUGUCUAUUCCCCCUGGACUCCUCCAAGAUCAGACUGGACGAAAAGCAAUUUUUAAGUCUUACUCCAGAUUUUCAGGUCUGACUUUAGUGCUAGACUUUGACUAGGUCAUUUAAGCAAAACCAUUUAAUUGCAGCUCUGCUGACCUGCUGGAAGGUGAUUCUUUGCCUUUGUGAUGUUUUUCAUGGUUUUUCACAGUUAUUAUUCUUCUUUUGAGGAAGGAGUUUGAACAAAUAUUAACAUUUCCAGAUUUUAUUCAGGAUUCCAUUUUCUGUUAUUUUCUUCUUUCUCCUUGUCCCCUUACUUCUUCCUCUGUUUGUUUUCUUUUUCCUUCCUUGGCUGCUUCCUGUAGCUCUUCAUUGUGUUCCUCCUCCUUGCUUGUCUUCCUUACAGCUUGCCAGCUGUAUAAAUUCAUGAGAAUUUCUAGGGCUGCACAAUAUCAGGGAAACAUUUAACUGCGAUACUAAUUCUGAAUGAUACUUUUUCUGGAUAUUGCGAUGACUAUAUCGAUCCACAAUUCCCAGACUUUUUUCCCCACCUUCAUUAAAAUGUACCCAAUUUUCUGUAUAACCUCUAGAAUCUCAGGCAGGAAUAAUGUGGGGAUCGAAAAUGUUAUUCAGUCAAAAAAUAAUUACUACAAUGCAGGGCACUUUAAAUAUAACAUCUUAUGAAAUAUAUCAGUCAGGUGUUCUUACGGUUUGCUAAUUUGCACACAGUUACGUUUGAUUUAUGGUGCAGCUUUAACGAAUGUCUAAUCUGGAAAUUUUGACAUCAAUAUAUUUCGGUAGGAACUCUAGAUUUUCAUUCAAAAUCACCCCCUUCAUCAUUCCUACCUUUACCGGAGAGAAGCCUCCCCACAGCAUGACACUACCAUCACCAUGUUUCACAGUUCCUUAGACUUCACUCUAUCACUAACAAAUUUCUACUGAGAUUAAAUGACACGUAAAAUCCCAAUUAAAUACAUCGAGGGUUGUGGUUUUAAACUGACGAAAUGUGCCGAAGCUUGAAGGGUGUGUAUACUUUUUGCAAGACAGUGUGUCUAGUUUUAUCUAUAAGAGGAAUAUUCCAACUUCUACUGUGGUUGACAGUGUACUGUAUUCUGCUGUGGUUCAAGAUGGCUCAUUUACUUGCGAUUUAGCACUUUUUGGAUAUGUUGCCUUGGCCAAAACGCCACUUCACUACUGCCAAAGGAUGAGUAAGAAAGAUUUCCCCCCCGGCCCCUCUUUUUUUUUGUUCUCCUCCAAAGCCCGGUUUUGUUGUUGGAUGAAGGCUGGAGUUGCCAAACUGCUCCCAAUGUUUACCUUGGAACACAAAUCAGACAGGAGGUACAGCACUUAAAAAAAAUAUAUAUAUAUGUAUAUAUAUUUAUAUAUGCUCCACUGGAACCUGUGAGCGAUAAAAGCAACCGAGAUUUUCAUAUUCUUCGUUCAGUCCACACAGAAAUCCAGUAAAUCAAAUCGGCAUUUGGACUGUGCGAAGGUAAGUUUACAAUUUUAGCUGUAAACCAAGUUAACUUAAGUGCAAACGACUGCCAGUGAUGUUCACAUUUACGCCAGUUUUCUCCAAAACCCUGAACCCGACUUGGAUUUUUGUUUCUACUCUCAGAAAGCAGCCGUUUGUUUCUCAGGAAUGUGAACACUUCAACAACACGCUGGUUCCACAAGUUUUUUGUUGUUGUUUGUUUUGUUUCUUUUUUUAUACUCCAAAACAGUUCGGUGAACAAAAACCCAACAUGAAGCAAUCCAGAUGCGUUUUGGAUUAGCAAAGAAACUUAGAUGAAUGUGUUAAACGUGAUGAGAUCAACCACUAUUUUAUGCUGUUUUUAUUUAUUUUGAUUGUACUGUGUGAUUUUUACUUUGGAGAAAAAAAUGUGUUUCCUUGUGUAAUUAAUUUACUCUGAAAACGGGGUAUACAGUGUUUCAGCUCCCUCCGAUCCCCAAACCUUGGGUUUGGCUCGGAAAGCAUUCCUCGUGUAUGAAAACCUCUUUCGUCCAUGUUGUCGAGAAUGUGUGCGAAAGCACGGAAAACCUGUUUGUUGCACUGUCGUUCACACCUCUCUACUUGUAAUUGCUGAUGUAAAAACGGCACGUAGGAACGCCUGUUGGUUCAAAUCUCCAAGUAGGGGAAAACAUUCAAAGUCGCAUCCUUGAUCGGAUAGGAAACAUUAAGACACUUUAUUGCUAAAACGGCUGCCAGACACUUAGAAAAAAAUUUAAUGGUGCAGUUUUUUCCUCUACAGCGACAUAAAUAUAUAUUUAUCUUCUCUUCAUUCACUUGCGGGAGCCGUUUUCUCCUACAAUCCACCGUACCGUUCCAUCAUCUGUCCACAUGGUGGCAGUGUUGAGAUAAAUUUGGAUCACUUCAAACACCUAAUGCAUGAUAUUUUUUCUUCUAAUCAAAAAAAGUGUCUCGACGGCCAACAAUAAACGUGAACGCGCCCGGUUCGGUUUGGAAUGCACACCGACCAGACUCGGUGAGGUAACUCCACCGCCUCCGCAUCAGCGCAGAGGGUGGACAUACUGUAACCGACGUAACCGACGUGCUGGUGUUUGUGUGACCUCCUACCGCAACCCCUCCCCUGUGUCAGAGCACUGAUGCUUUGUGAAUGAAUGGAUGGUAAUUUUACACCUGCCACAUAUUUUUCUUGUGACAACUUGAUUUAGAACCACGAUAACUAUAUUUUAUUAUUGGUUUAUAGUGUUGUGGAAUAAAGAAAUGUGCAUUACGGUA